AUGUUCGACACCAUCUGCAGCCUCCCCUUGACCGCUGACCUCUUCGCUCAAACCGUUCACCCCACUGCCCCCAUCGUCAGCAUCGGCCUCAGCAGCGGGCACGUCGCAACCCUCCGUCUCCCACCCGUAGACGAGGAGGAAAGUGCCGCUCUUGCACCUUCCUCCUCCUCCACAUCCUCAAUCUUGAGCAGGAGAGGCAGUAAUGGUACCAGUGUUAUCGAUACUGCGUGGCGGACGAAGAGACACAGAGGGAGUUGCAGGAGUCUCUCCUACAGUCUUGACGGCGCACAGCUCUACUCUGCAGGUAGCGAUGGCUUAGUCAAGGCUGCGGAGCUCGAGACGGGCAGAGUGACGGGCAAGAUUGCUGUGCCGGCUUCACGAGGAGGAGUGGAGGUGGAUGCGCCGAGUGUAGUUCAUGCAUUGAGUCCGCAGACGUUGCUUGUGGGUACUGAUGCUGGUGCUUUGCAUUUGUUCGAUUUGCGGGAUCCGGCACCGAGCUUACCGUUGAGUGAUGCUGCGAAGACGGCGUUUGUUUCAUCACGGCCGGCGCAAACGCAUCAUCCGCAUACGGACGAGUAUAUUUCUUCCUUGUCGCAUUUACCGCCUUCGACUACUUCGACGUCUGGGUUUAGUAAGCAGUGGCUCACGACUGGCGGGACGACCCUCGCUCUGACGGAUCUCAGACGAGGUGUGCUGGUGAAGAGCGAGGAUCAGGAGGAGAUUUUGAUGAGUAGUCUUUACGUUACUGGCUUGCCUGCGAAGAAGAGCACGGGGAGUUCGGGCGAGAAGGCUUUGGUGGGUGGUGGGGAUGGUGUGAUCACGUUAUGGGAGAAGGGACAGUGGGAUGAUCAGGAUGAGCGGAUUACGGUCUCGAGGGAGAAGGAGACGGUGGAUGUUAUUGUGGCUGUACCCGAGGGUCUGGGUGGAGUUGGGAAGAAAGUCGCUGUGGGGUUGGGCGAUGGCAAGAUUCGGUUUGUAAGGCUGGGGCAGAAUCAGGUCGUGAGUCAGGUGCAGCAUGAUGAUUUGGAGGGCGUGGUUGGAUUGGGGUUCGAUGCGAAUGGGAGGAUGAUUAGUGGAGGUGGCCCGGUGUUGAAGGUUUGGAGGGAGCAUGUCGGAGGUUAUGAUGACGAUGGGGCUGCUGAAGAAGACGAAGAAGGGGUGGAGGUUGGCGCGAAGCGGUUGGUGGAUAGUGAUGACGAGGAUGAGGAGGGAGGCGAUAAAGCAGAGGAGAGUAGUGAAGAAGAGGAGAAGCCUAGGAAGCGGCGGAAGAAGAGGAAGCGUGGAAAGGGGCCCGAGGCGGGGAGUACUCUCAGCUUCGCUGGGCUAGACUGA